AUGGCACUUAACAACCAUCAUUGUUCAGUUGUAACAACUUUCAUUGUUUUAUUUCUCGUCGCGGCGGCGCUUCCAGUCAAGGCGGAGCAAUGCGACUCCAAACAUGAGGGACGCUGUCGCGACAAGGCUGAGUCGCUGAAGCUGAAGGUCAUAGCGAUAUUUUGUAUACUGGCCACGAGCAUGAUAGGGAUUUCGCUCCCAUUGUUCUCCCGUUCAGUUCCCCAGCUGCGACCGGACCGCGACCUCUUCAUCCUAGUUAAGGCUUUCGCCUCAGGCGUCAUACUUGCUACCGGUUACAUGCACGUUAUGCCCGACUCCUUCCAAUAUCUUACGUCGGAGUGCCUACCGGAACGGCCGUGGCGGAAGUUUCCAUUCACCACCUUCAUCGCCAUGGUCUCCGCGGUCCUCACUCUCGCCAUUGAUUCCUAUUCCAUCAGUUUCUUUAAGAAGAAGCUCGCUGCCACUACCGCUAACGGUUCCGGUUCUCUUGAAACCGGAGAGGGAAAGGAAGCUGAAUUGUUCGAUCAUGGCGAUGGACAUGAUCUGCAUGCACAUGGCCAUGGACUUGAUUUGCAUGCACAUGCAAAUGGAGAUACGACAAACGUGGAUGCAGAACAGUUGUUGCGGAACCGAGUUGUAGCUCAGGUGUUGGAACUAGGGAUUGUGGUGCACUCAGUGGUGAUUGGUUUGUCAAUGGGAGCUUCCCUAAACCCCUGCACGAUUAGGCCUCUCAUUGCUGCGUUGUGCUUCCAUCAAAUGUUUGAAGGAAUGGGCUUAGGUGGUUGCAUACUUCAGGCUGAAUAUGGAUUGAAGGUGAAGGCUAUAAUGGUUUUCUUCUUCUCUACAACAACGCCGUUUGGAAUUGCAUUGGGGAUCGCAUUGUCAAAUGUGUAUAAUGACACAAGUUCAACGUCGCUUAUUGUGGAGGGGGUUCUGAAUGCUAUAUCUGCAGGACUUUUAAACUACAUGGCACUUGUUGAGCUAUUGGCUUCUGAUUUUAUGGGGCCUAAGCUACAAGGCAGUACAAAGCUCAUGGUCUUGGCGUUUGUGGCAGUUUUGCUAGGUGCAGGGGGCAUGUCAGUCAUGGCAAUAUGGGCAUAG